AUGUCGGUCCUUCCAAUCACAGGCACCUGGGCACUGAAAUCCUUCGGUUUGCAUCCAGCUGCAUCUCCCAGCUCUGCAGCAUUAUUCCAGCCGCUUGGUGGCCAUCCUCUUGGGCGCAUCAUUUUUACCCCUGAAAACUACAUGUCAUGCACGCUCACGUCCCGCGACGCUGCAUCGCCCAUGGAAUCUCCAUCAUGGAUUGUGGCAAAUGACGAUGAGGUGCUGGAUGCUGCGCGGGCAAUGACAACCUACUGCGGACCUUUCCGAGUGUACGAACAGGACGGACAGCAGUUACUGAGUACCAACGUGGAUAUUGCCUUGGAUCCAAACUGGAUUGGGAAGCCACAGGUGCGGAGAUGGGAACUACAUGGAGAUCGCACGUUAGUGUUGAGGCCAGUGCAGGAGUUUACUCUCCCGGACGGGACCAAGACAGAGGGGGUUCUGGUGUGGGAGAGAGUCAAUUAUGAUGCCAAGCAGCUGGCAAACCUUUGA